AUGGCCACCUUUACUCCCAUUUCGCUCGACAGCGCCGAGACGAUUGCGCGCUACUCGCCUACCCCCAAUGGCAUGUCGGUUCAGAUCGAAAAGGUCCAGGUCGAGCAUCGCCUUCAGCUCAUCAAUACUUGGCGCAUCCCCCCUGGCUCCACCAUUCUCGAGAUUGGCUGCGGACAAGGCACAUGCACCACCGUCCUGGCCACCGCCGUAGGCCCCGACGGACAUGUCGAUGCCGUCGACCCUGGCCCGCCGGAUUAUGGCUCGCCUUACACUCUUUCCCAGGCCCAGGCCCACAUCAGCUCUGGCGCUCUAGGUAGCCGCAUUACCUGGCACAACGCCGAAGCGACGGACGUUUUGGCCACAUCGGGCGGCAAGAAUUGGGACUAUGUCGUCUUUUCGCACUGCAUCUGGUACUUUGACAGCCGCGACAUCCUGGACACGAUGCUCCGGGCCCUCAAGGGCCGCGUCGGCGCCAUCCUUGUUGCCGAAUACGCCCUCAAGGCUACCGAGCGCGAUGCGGAGCCUCAUCUUCUAUCCGCCAUUGCCAGAGCUUCCCUCGAAGCCCACAAUCCUUCCAGCACGGCCAACAUCCGUUGUCUCUUGAGUCCCACUGGUAUCAAAGAGAUGGCCGAGGCUGCUGGGUGGAAAGUUGGAGAUGAAUCUAACAUUGUUCCCGGUGCGGGUCUGUUGGACGGUGGUUGGGAGACGGGCGAGGUUCGAAGCAAGAGCUUUGUUGAAGAGAUCGAGAAGCGAAUCACGUCUCCCCGUGUCAAAGAAAUGCUUCUGUCGUCGCGUGAGGCUGUGAUUGCCUCAUAUGCCGCCAUGAACGGUCGCAAGACACGCACCAUGGACGUCUGGGCCACUUCUCUAACUCUGGCGGAAUAG